UAUGUUACUAGGAUUGCAACAUGGGUUCUUUUCAAGUUUUUUGGUAAGAUUAUGUCCAGCAUCCAUGUACAUCAAGGACAGAUUGCGAUGCUUCAUGAAGCCUCAAAGGUAGGCAACUGGACCAAUAAACAGUCUGUGUUUUUAAUAUAAGCCUGUUUUUUUUCCCGUUUUCCACUUCAAGCAUAUUGUAGCUUAUUGUAUAUAGACUUUCUGUUAUAUCAACGUCAUUACAUCAACCCUAUAUAACAAUAAACAAACGAAGAAGCAAGCUGCAGUGGGUUUCGGCACAAUAAGAUAGAAGUGGAAAACAUUAUUUAGCCUUUUAAUACAUACGUUAGAUGAACUUUUUUGCCAGGUUGCUAAAGCAUGAUUCUGUCUGGGUCUCUGUAAUUACUUUACAAGUGUCAAAUACGAAGUAUGCAUCUUUCUAGGAACAACAGAUAUGUCAGCUUACUAAAAACAUUUAAACGUUUCUAUAGAGAAACCUUCCGUUGGUGUAUUUACCGUUGCACAAAAGUCAUGUGGAUUAUAUGUUUAUUUCUUUUGUGUUGAGCUGGUAUGGCCUCAAGGUAUGUUAUUCUCUGUAUAGUAGAGAGCGGCUUAUAGUUGAUAUUUUUUAAUUUCAAGUUUUUUUUUUGUUUAUAGGUUCCCUACAUAGCCGCUGGAGGUAGGUCACAUGUCAUGCAAUACAUAUGAUAGACAAAUAGAAGAAUAUUUUUUAUCCAGAUUGCAAAGUUUUCAAAAUAUGCUGGAGAGCUGAAAUUUUGGCUAUAACAUUUUAUGCAUGCAUCUUCAUUUUCCUUCUACAUAAUUUCCAGUGUUUGUAUACUUAUGUACAGUACUUCUCAAUAAUAAUCAUACUUUAUUUCUUUCAUAGAUAACUUGAAAGACAUUCCAUUAUUCAGGUAAGUAUAUUUUUCAAAUUUUAGUAAUUAUUGUUUAUAAUGGCAACCCUAAGACAAAAGGCUUUACUGUUUAUUCACUUUUGCCCCAAUGAUUUCGUUUUGAUGUUUGUCUGUUUGAGCAUGGCAAGCAAACAUGUACGUUAUAUCCCCAUGUUCCGUUCUCGAAAAAAUUGUGCUCGAAUUUGCUCCUCUUUGACCUUGAGCCCAAUCACCUGCCUGGUCUUCACUGUAUUGUGCACAAAACUUAAGAAAAUAGCUGCAGUAUGUAUAUUAUAUAUGAAAACGAGGCCAUUGGGGCAAUGAACAGUAGUAAGUACAGCCAAUUUCUUGAUUGUUUUAUUUAGUUGGUUAAUGAGAAACAUGGGUGGAUUUUUCAUCCGAAGAAAACUUGGUGGCUUUACUCCACAAAAUGAACUGUACAGAGCUGUCAUGAACGAAGUGUGUUAUUGUAUAUAAUAUUAUCGUCUUAGCGUGUGUUAGCUAGCUCAAUAAUUAUAAAUUCCAAGGACUCUAACAGUACAAUUAUACUAAUUGCGUGUUAAAUCCAUAUAACCACAGUAUAAUAUUUUGCAUCAAUUUUCGUUCACACUUCUUGGUACAACCAAAAGUUUUUAUUUUGUAGUAUAUUGCUCAAAUUUUGAUGUCUGGCAACAACCUUGAAAUAUUCAUUGGUUAGUAUGUAUUAUCGUAUUUUCUGUACUUGUGAAUAGAGUACAGUACGGAACAAAAAUUCCAACUUGAAACUUCCACACAUAGAUUUCAGGCUAAUAAUGCUUAAAGUUUGUUUAUUCGUGUUCUUUCAAUGCUGCCUGGCAUGUAUAACAUGUGAUAUUUUACAAACAUUCUUUAGAGGGAACAAGGUCGCGCUCAGGGAAAAGUUACCCGCCAAAGAUUGGAGUUCUUUCAUCAGUAAUUUUAGCCAUCAAGGAAGGUACUGUAUUAUCAACGAACCAACAACACUGCUUAGGGGCCAGCCAUUAAAGUAAUGUUAUUUCUAUUGUAUAGGUCGUGUUUCUGACGUUUUGAUCGUUCCUGUUAAUAUCUCGUAUGAAAAAGUAUGUGGAGUUUAUAUGCAUCAGGGGCCAGUUGUUCAAAACUGGAUUAGCUUAACCCUAGGUUAGCCUGAAAUUCAAAGCAAACUUUCUAACAGCUUGUUUAUAAAUUUGGAAAUAUUUCUUCAGAGACCUUGUCUGGAUCAGUAGCAGUUUUCUUCUCUGAAGUUUUGAAAUAAACAGACGUGUAGAGAUACACAAACUAAAACAGCAGGUUAAAUUUUAACCCAGGGUUAGUGCUAAUCCAACUUUGAACAAACCGGUUCCAUGCAGUAUAUUUUAGAUGCCUUUGUGUAUGGAGAUGAAUUUUUAUGCAGGGCGAAUUUCGUUUCACAGUUACCGGGUAUUGAUGUCAUGGGAAGAAUUUUAGCAGCAAAAUAUCCCGGGAAAACGCAUGCGCAAUUGUAGUUUAUCAUGCAUAACAUUAUGUAUGAGGUUUUUAACUUAGAAUAACCCGAAAUGAAAUAUCACGCAUACGAUCACCAAAGGCAGUUUGCGUUAAGUCAAACAAUUUUUUUUUUAACAUUGUAGAUAUUGGAAACUGGUUAUACAGACGAACUGAUGGUAAGCCAAUGUACUAAAUUCUCAGUGCACUGUAUACAAUAGUUAAAAUGGAAGAAAGGGUACCUUCUCCGCAGGCCUUUCAAAAAUAUAGGGAGGCGAAAAGCCGAAAAUUGGUGGGAAGCGAACGGCUACACAAGCCUUCGUCUCAGACUUCAGAUUUUAACCUGCGAACGGGCAUACUCAUUACGGGCUGUAUGGCCUGCGGAGAGGUAGGGCUGUUCAGGUAUUUUUUGGUGGAGCUCAGCUGGAAGCACUCCUCUCAGACUGAGGCAAAAAGACAACUGCAGGAAUUGAACUUGACUGAAGAACAUGUUUAUCAGCGUCGUAACGAUGCUUCCAUAUAAGCAUAGGCGUAUGGGGCUGAUGCUUUCCGGGGGGAGGGGGCUGUUGAAAGUCUGCCCGAAUUGUUACGGCUGAUUGUAAUUAAGUAACCUGAAUUUAACAGUAUCUUUUUUAACAGUAUAUUUUUUCUAGCAUUUGCCCGAAUUUCCAUUGUUUUCUAACUUUUUUGGGGUGGGGACUGUCAAAUGUCUGGGUACAAGACUGCACUUUGCCUCCGACAUUCUUUUAACCACAUUGUCUUUGAUGGACAGGGAAAGCCGAAAAUACCAGAGUCAUUCUUUCAAACUUUGAAAAACGUUUGGAGGAUAUUUAGAAGUCACUUUGGGCAAGUUCGUGUGGAUUUCGGGUUGCCAUUCUCGCUUACGGUAGGAUUCUAUAUGCUCAUUAUUUUAGAGUUUAAUAUUCCUAAGAAGCUUUGAAAAACAAUUACUAUUCUAAUUUUCUUGCAGGAAAUCACACAUAGCUCAGAAAGCUCGGAGUCCUGGCAAACAUUUCUGAAAACCACAACGCUAAAUUCAAACCAACUGUUGACACAAGGUUCUGUCAUGUCAGAUAUAUCACUUGAAUCUUUGGACGCCUCUACGACAGCAUUAACAAAAGGAAUUGCCCAUCAUGUGAUUUAUGGUAAGAGCUAUUUAAACAAAGAGCGAAAAUCUAUUCCAAAGUGGCGCCGGGACAGAACCAGAUAUAAUUUAUAAUGGAUUAAAUUACGGAUGUCCAAAAAACUGGGGGACGGGUCCCCCAUAGGAUUGAUGCCUUUGAUUCAGAGGCAAGUAAUUAACUAAUUUUAUUCCAUACAUAAAACAUAGACAAGGUUUAUAACUUUCAGUCAGCGCUUUCCUUCAUUGGUUCAGUGUUAUUUCCAGGAAAAAACAUGGGAAAAGCAGAUUAGCAGAGAACUAGGACAAAAUUUUCUGUGUUUGGAAAAGUCAAACUGGAACUCUUUUCUCCUAAGGGGUUCGGGGCCCGGUCAAACGAGGAUGAGAGUUGGCAGUCACGUGUUAUUGCGGGGGAUAUUUCAAGCUCUAGAUUAACAAAUUAAGGUUUAAUGUAUGAGUGUUCCAACCCCAAUAUGUUUUAACUUAAUAAAGCAUUAAGAACAGCUAACCAAGGUCACGUGACAGCCAACUUUCAUACUGUACACCCUCAACCUUGUUUGAUCCGCGCUUUAGACAAAUUAUAAUUUGAAGAAAUUUUACUCGCUUGGUAAUAUUAUUUCGUGUUUAAAUUUUCUAGAAUGUAUUCAGAAUUCCACCAUUAUGGGUACAAACAUGGUUGCUUUUCUUUUACUGACAAAGUUUAGAAAGGUAUAAUGGUUGCAUGUCAUAUGCUCUUCAUGGCCUUGAUACAGGCCUACAUUUUGUUAGUUGUUGGAAAGCUUUUAAGCCAUUCUUUUCAACUUGUUUCCAGGGUGUUGAACUGAAUGAAUUUGCAAAUGCAUUUGAGUUGCUAAAGAAAGAUAUUCUGAUGCACAAGAGGUAAAUAUUGUUCAAACGAUUUUAAUAAUAGAUUGAACCCACUGAUGAUUGAGCCUGUGAUAAAGGUGUCAUAUUGAAUGUUAUAUAGAGCCUCAUCAGUGCUAAUAAUAUGUCAUAUUAUUAGGCUAUUGGCACUGAUGAAGAUCCGAGCUUAUACGGAUCGAAAGCUUUGCAGUAAUAAAUUUACGUGGUGUUUCCACAAACAAAAAAUAUUAUAUGAUCAGUGUAUAUUCCUAAAUUAAUAUUGCUUACAUUUCUAAUCAUAUUUAUGGGUUAUUUUUCCAGGGACUAUGGCUUCAGUGGGGCUAAUGGAGACGUAAUGCUACACGCGAUUGAACUUCUUGGAAAAGACUUAGUUUCUUGGGAUCCGGAAUCGCGUAUUAUUAAACCAAUUCUCUCGUUACCAGGUCUUUUGGAGCUCUCGUAUUACAGCAAUCAGGUUAGUUACUACUAAGCUUAGUUACUAUCACUGGACCGGUUAUUUCGUAUUAUGAAUGACGAAGUUAACUCUAAAGAAUAAUCUUAGCAAAAUUGUUCUUAUUCAACCAUUAUAUAAGAUCAAAACAUUUUCUUCGAAUAUUAAGUGGGAUUGCUUCCUACUGUACAUGUACUUUUGCGCAGGAAAUUUUUUCCUAACCAAAUCUAAUUGAUGAAUUAUUAAUUAGUUUAUUGAUUUAACACGUGACUUAUAGUCUUGUAGAGAGUUUCUUUACUAAACCAUUUUACGUUCAAUGUAUAUGUACUUCGUUCUUUUGUUUCUUUACAAUCAGGUGCUAUCUGUGUUUGUACUUGAGUCGGUUGUUGGUAAGCAGAGACAUUAAGAUUCACGUUUACAGCAGAGCGGGUAAUAACGGUUGAGUCUUCACGUUGAGUACCAGGCCUCGAAUUUCCCUGAAAUCAAUCGACGGCAAUGGCGUUACAAAUUGCCGUAGAACGUAACAGCUGUCUACGGCAAUUUUGGCAGUUUCCACGGCAUUUUUUCAAAUUACUGUAAUAAAUAUUUGAUUUUAUUUGUUACUUUGGAUUGCUGACAAGCUAGAAACAUGUUCACGUAUUUCUUUAGUGUUUUUUUUUCUCGAAGAAAACUAAAAUAGUAGUUUACGCAUGAUUUGAUCGACAUCUGAAUUCAAGUGUCAAAAUAGUAAUGCACAGUGAAUAGUAUAAAAAUUACUCUAUACUAAUACGGCAAAAAAUUGCCGUCGUUGCCGCAAUAAUCCACGGCAUUUUGUUCUCUCUCUACGGCAAUUGCCGCGAUAAAAUUCAAGCCCUGAGUCUUACAAACAUCCGAUCAACUCCGCAGUUGCUAACAGGCCAGCUUUUCAAAUAUUGACAGCUUGUGUUGAUCACAUUGGUUCGAAUUUUAUAGUGUGAACCAGCCUUUCCAUUUAUAUUUUUAUUUUUGGAGAACCAUGCAUGUGUUUAGAUUUUUUUAAUUGAAUUAUUUUUAGCUUGUUCCAUUGGAGCUUUGCUUACAGAUCGAAAUAUAUCUCUGCCAGAGUUGAUUUACCAAAAUACAACUAUUUCACGGAGAGAGGUGAAUAUAAUUAACCAGGGUUUUUUGUCUUGAUUUAUAUUUCUUGAAAUUUCAUUUUACAUUGCCACACCAUGCCACAUUACGUGUACAUAUUUAUCAAAGAGUUUUCUUGUUAAAAUUCUAUAACAAUGUGCUUACACCUAGUUACACCUUUUUAGCUAUUAAAUACGGCGUUGGACUUGUGCGAUCUCCUAUACAGAGAAUUCGUUUUUUCUCCAGUAAGUAAAAAGUGUAUUUUCACUUUGGUCGUGGUUAGGUCAUAGUUAAUUAGUUGUGAAUAGGUCGCGGAUUAAUAUAGGUUGCUGUUUAAUUUGGGUUAGAUGGCGGUUUGGUUGUAGUAAAUUUAUAGUGUCUUGUUGAGGUACCAUGGCGAGUAGCUUGAGGUUUAGAGGUUAAUCAAGUAACGCUUACAUCUAAGUUAAGGCCAUACAGUAUCACACACAAGGAAAUUCUUACUGCAACUUGUAACACAGUUUUGGACAUAGAGCGAUGUUAUCUAAAAAAACAGUCACAGGGAAAUCGCAUAAGCAUUGUAUUCAGCUUUGAUAUUGAGUACCCUCAUUCUUUAUAAUAAAUACUAUCACUCUAUUUCCAGCCUUGUACCUUCUUGGAGACCGCCAUAAUGGAUGCCAUUGACAAGUUCAUCGCAGCUGAAGUUUUGAAUGUCUAUGAGGUUUGUAUUCUAUGAUUAAUCAUUAUUUUUAUCAGUUGCUUCUUCAUGUUACCCCUGCAAUGUAUAGACUCGUGCCCUGUCACAUUUUCCCAAGAUCUUUUUGAGUGUUGAUGUUUCUUCAGUUUUGCAUAACGAUCCUAAUUUACAAUUUUACUGUCUGUAUUAACCAGGAUACCAGCACGAAGUCACGUGAGAGGCAAUGGGCCAAUCGGCUUGCAAUAUCGACAGCAUGGUCUGAUAAUGAAGAAAGCGAAGAGGAGACAGAGAUCACUGACCAAGAGUACAAGGUUUGCAGAAUUAACGAUUGCUCGCAUCUUUCAAAUGAUGAGACCAUGCAUGUUUCUAACAAAAAUAACAUUUUUGUGAAGUGCAGCAUGCAAAUAUUUUUCUUUCAGAUAAAUUCCUCAGAUGAAGCUAUAUGGAAGCUUAAAUUUUUCAGGGAUAUUCUCUCUCCCAUUAUUGAAUCCUAUUGGUUUGCUGCUUCAAGUUUGCUCUGCCUUCGGGAUGUGCAAUACAAUGGUAAGUUCACUGAGCUCUUAUAUAUACAACCAUUUCAAUUAAGGUUGUCCACGAGCAAAGCGGAAAAGUCAAAUACGAGCGCGAAAGGCUGCUGGGAAUCGCUAACAAAUUAAUGAAAUUUCAUAGCGAUUCCCAGCAGCUUUUCGCGCUCGUAUUCGACUUUUCCGCUUUGCUCGUGGACAACCUUAAUUGAAAUAGCUGUAUAUCUAGAGCAAAAACUUCAGUUAUUCGGCCUAGGAGAAAAGUGAAUCCAAGAUGGCGGCCAUUGACGCCCAAUAGCUCUGAAAGUCGUAAACAGUUUUUAUACCAUUUAUCCCCAGCUGAAUGCAGUUUUUUAUUAAUCUUUGAAUUGAAGUCAAAAUACGAAAUUUCGGCACACUUCUUGCCAAGAUGGUGGAAAUCGAAGAGCUAUAGGACGUUAGUGCCAGUCUCUUUGUAUUGUUUUUGUCUGCGCGGUUAACACGAAGCUGACUUUACUUUUUGGACUCAGUUUUCGCUCCUGAUAUAUAUGGAGCUCAGCGGGUAAGUUAUUUUGCGAGGCACGUCUGCUUAAUGCCUUGCAUGUGCUAAACAUCAGUGCGCUUACAUUACGCAUGAUUUUGAUUUCAACGGAGUGAGAAAGAUAUCAUUGACUUUGUAUUUCUUAUUUGGUUUAGAAAACGAUUUUAUCAACUUAGUUCAUAAGGCGGCAAUCUCGAGGGUGACAUCAGGAACUGCGUUUUUUGGUAAGUAAAAAUUUAAUAAGUUAUCAAACUUUAGUAACUACAUGCGUCAUAGAUGACUACAACCGUUCUUGUUUGAAAUCAGGAACGUGAAAUUAUUGAUUUUCACCUAACCUCUAUAUAAUUGUUUUUCUAGGUGAAAGCUGUUCUGUGGUCUCAAUAAGGAACGCUAUCAAAGCUUUUAUGGAUUGCCGCAUUCUUCGUCAAGAAACAGCCACAGGUCAUUUAAUGUUAAACACGAAACAAAAUGAUAUCAUCGACUUGAUGGCCCGUAUAAAUAAAUAUAAAAGAUAGCUAAAAAUU